GGACCCACUUCCGGGAAGGGGCGGAAGAGGUGGGCUGGUGGAGGCGGGGUCGAGAUGGCGGCGCCUUUGAGGAUUCAGAGCGACUGGGCGCAAGCCCUAAGGAAGGAUGAAGGGGAGGCCUGGCUGAGCUGUCAUCCCCCAGGGAAACCGUCUUUGUAUGGCAGCCUAACUUGUCAAGGAAUUGGCCUAGAUGGCAUCCCAGAGGUUACAGCUUCAGAAGGAUUUAUUGUGAAUGAAAUAAACAAGAAAAGCAUUCAUAUUUCAUGUCCAAAGGAAAGUGCAUCUUCUAAGUUUUUGGCACCAUAUACUACUUUUUCCAGAAUUCAUACAAAGAGUAUGAUACAGCUGAUGAAGUGUGAUGUGUUUGGCAAAACUGGUACUCGAGUCCACAUACAGUAUGUGUUCAGAUCUACUCACUGCAGAAGUGAGAAAUUGGUAGAUAAAACUGAUUAUAUUGAAGCCAUUCACUUCUUACUGUUUGAAGAGAACAUCAAGGGAUGGACAAGAGAACUAGCAUGGAAUUUUCUUUUGUUUUUCCAGAGAGUAUUGGAAGGACAUGUGUUUGAUGUGAAUUGUUGCAGGUUUUUCCCAUCAGGCCUUGUGGUCCUGAGUGGGGGAAUGGAUGCCCAGCUGAAGAUAUGGUCAGCUGAAGAUGCUAGCUGCGUGGUGACCUUCAAAGGUCACAAAGGAGGUAUCCUGGAUACAGCCAUCGUUGAUCGGGGGAGGAAUGUGGUAUCUGGUUCUCGAGAUGGGACAGCACGACUUUGGGAUUGUGGGCGCUCAGCCUGCUUGGGAGUCCUUGCAGAUUGUGGUUCUUCCAUCAAUGGAGUGGCGGUGGGUGCUGCUGACAACUCCAUAAACCUUGGCUCCCCUGAGCAGAUGCCCAGUGAACGGGAGGUUGGAACAGAGGCAAAAAUGCUGCUGUUGGCCCGGGAAGAUAAGAAACUUCAGUGCUUGGGACUACAGAGCAGGCAGCCGGUGUUCCUCUUUAUUGGCUCAGAUGCUUUCAACUGCUGUACUUUUCUCUCUGGCUUCUUGCUAUUGGCUGGGACUCAAGAUGGAAACAUUUAUCAGCUGGAUGUGAGGAGUCCAGGGGCUCCAGUACAAGUCAUCCACAGAUCAGGAGCACCAGUUCUAUCCCUGCUAAGUUUCAGAGAUGGAUUCAUUGCUAGCCAAGGUGAUGGAAGCUGUUUUAUUGUCCAGCAAGACUUAGACUAUGUCACUGAGCUCACUGGGGCUGACUGUGACCCUGUGUACAAGGUAGCCACAUGGGAGAAGCAGAUCUACACAUGCUGUCGAGAUGGUCUUGUACGACGCUACCAGCUUUCUGACCUCUGACUUCUUGGAAAGAGCAGUCCUGGUUAGUGAAAAGGUUUGACCCUGAUCAACAAUGAGCAGAAACAUCAUCAGACCUUCCCAAGGACCAUGGCCCUUAGUGUCUUGGGCACCCCUUGGAAAUCACAGAAAGUCAGCUGUACUGGCUAUAUGGAACUCUCAUGCCAAGACCUACUUUGAAUUGAAUAGGAAGGUCACUGGGCCCACUGCAUUUGUCCCAACUUCUCCUUGUAUAAACGUACCCCAGCAACACAGGGCAAGGAUAUAGAUGCUUUUAGUUUGUUCUUAAACCAGUUGUGUUAAAUGUUUACAAGGAUCUCAGUACUAAAACUUGUUUUCUGGAGGAAAUAAAGAAAAUAUGUUUGGAGGUGCCU